AUGGUACAAGACCUCAAUGGCGGUGACGAUACCGAUGCAUCCUUUUAUGCCGGCCUCUUGGUCUCGGCGUACGCCGUGGCCGAGGCCCUGACCUCGAUGGGCUGGGGCAUGCUGUCUGAUCGCGUCGGCAGAAAGCCCGUUGUCCUCUUUGGCCUCGUGGGCGUCGCCAUCUCGAGUCUCAUCUUUGGCUUGGCCAAGAGCUACUGGGUCGCGCUGCUGGCCCGCUUCAUUGGCGGCGCGCUCAACGGCAACGUCUCGGUCAUGCAGACCAUGGUGGCCGAAAUGGUCAAGAAUCCCGCCCACGAGCCCCGGGCCUAUGCCACGCAGCCCUUUGUCUGGACCCUCGGUGGUAUCAUUGGAUCCGCCAUGGGCGGUUUCCUGGCGCAGCCCGCGCGUUUCUACCCUGGGCUGUUUCCUGCCGACGGCCUGUUUGGCAGGUACCCGUACCUGCUUCCAAACCUCGUUGCUGUCGCCGUCAUUGUCUUGGCCGUCCUGCAGGGUAUCUUCUUCCUCGAGGAGACAAACCCCGUGCUCAAGGAGGUGGAUGACAAUGCCGUCGAGGAUAGUGACAUGGAUGAAACCACGCCACUCAACGGCGCUCGGCAAAGGGGUCCGCGGGCUAGUACCAUAAGCGAACGGCCGCGCUUUGCCGAGGACAGCCUCCCCCUCCCCGUGGAGCAGAAUUUUGAUCUGAGACGAUCUUCCUUUGGUACUGUCCACUCGAUCCGGCUGCCAGCAGACGCGCAGCCCAGUGCAGUGCGCGCCGACGGUCGCCCUGCCCCGCCGAGCCGCGCGCUGAGCACGCAGAGCUUCAAGGGCAAGACGUUCAACUUUACCAUCAUCAUGGUCACCGUUGCGCUGGUCAUCUUCUCGUACCACCAGAUGGCUUUUUGCACUUUGUUGCCGACGCACCUGCUGGACAAGCCUCAGCAGCCGAGGGGCAAGCUCGAUCUAAUGGGAGGGUUGGGCUAUACGGUACACGACGUGGGUGUGUACCUGGCCGUAAACGGCAUCAUUGGGCUGUUCAUUCAGGCCGUCAUCUUUCCUCUGUUCGUCGACCGGAUCGGCGUUUGGAGAUCUUUUGUGCUCAUGAUUGUCUUCUACCCGGCUGCCUAUGUGCUCAACCCCUUCCUGUCGGCUUUUCCCGACUGGCUCGUCUCGCCCGGUAUCUACCUGUCCAUGGUAUUGCAGAGCUUCUUUGGCAUCAUUGUAGGACCCUGCGCCCUGAUUCUACUCAAGAACGCCACGCCGUCUCCGGCUGUGCUCGGCAAGGUCAACGGGUUCGCCAUGGCGGCCUGCUGCCUCGCGCGCACCGUCAGCCCGCCACUCGUGGGCAUCAUCUACGCCGCUGGUGGCUCGGCAGCGGCCUGGUUCAGUUGUGCUGGCAUCGCCAUUGUGGGCAUUGUGCAGGUCAUUUGGGUACCCCGGAAGCACGCUGUCGAGCAUGUCGAAGUUGACGCGGCACUCUUUGAAUAA